ACCAAACCAGUUAACCUACGCUACCCUAGGUCUCUCCGCCUUGCUCUGAUGGUCUCCGCCUCUCCCCGUCUCUCUCGAUAUGGCGAUAUUCAACAAAUGACCAGAUCGGAGAACAUCAUCACCGACUCUCCCUUACUCAGUUACUCUCCUUCUACUUGAGUCUCUGUCACUGUUUCACACUCGGUCACUCACUCUUCAUUGCUCUUACAUCGGCGCCAACAGAGAACCUGUAACCAGAUCGAAGAUUGGAGAACAUCAUUCGUCGGCGUCUCGAUUCCUCCGGUUUUGAAACUGGCUUGUUAUUGACUAUCUUGGCUCUCUGUUUGCAGUGAAACUGUCUUGGUGGCUCUUUAUUUGGCGUUGGCACUAUCUUGGUGGUUCUCAUUUAAUCAUUUAUCAUUCUUGUCUUAUGUUUUUGGACUAUCUUUAUUGACUUAUUGUGUAUGAGUGGAUGACUGUAGUUUGUAUGUUAUAUUGUUAUGGACUUGAUGACUUAUGGUAGAGACUCAGACAAUCAGAAUGUAUUAAGUACUGUAUCUGUAAUUCUGUAGGCAGGUUUGGCAGUCUGCAAAUUGCAAAUUAUUAGACUAUUAGUUAUGGAUUAAUAUUUAAUGGAUUAUGCAGCAGGUGCCACAUUUUUUUGUCACAGAUUGCAGUUUCGGCAUGGAUAUUUGAUGCCAUUUAUUUAUUUAUUUUUUACCUCUUUUGGUUUUUGGUGACAUUGUGAAUCAAAUUGUCAAUCUGUAUUAAGGAAGUGUGCAGGUGGGCUUAUUAUUUGCUUUGGGCCUAUUUAGGGCUUGCGGGUGACCUGAAACCCGGGAACUCCUUAACAGGGUUGUCGGGCGGGUCAUCCAUUUGUCAAAAAGACACCCCUACUAUGGUAUGCCGAAUUUGAAGUCCAUUUUCAGAACGCCCAAAAUAUAGUGGGCCUUGAUUUAUCCACUUUUUGGGCAAUUUUGUUCUCUGACGACUCAUAUGAACUCUUCGUUUCUUCACUCAACCAUCCUCUCCUUGUUUUCCAAAAGACGACAGUAGUCGAAAUCACUGAAAAUCUCUAGGCCGGCGUCGGUAUUCUUCUCUAGUUAUCGUCCUCUCUACUUCAGCUCUCUACUUAGAGUUAGAAAUGGACAACCGGCAAGAGAAAGUCCAAAAGUUCGAGGAAUUUGUUGAUCGCCGCUUGAAACCAGAUCUGCUUCGUGCUAUUGCUGAAAGGGACAAAGUUUUCGAACAACAAAAAGUGUUCUCAGAUUUGCGAAGGAACAUAGAGAACUUAGAAAAAAGUAGUGUAACCAGUCUUAGAACAUUGGUUAAUCUUGGCUCUGAAGUGUACAUGCAAGCUGAAGUGCCAGAUACGCAACACAUAUUUGUGGAUGUUGGACUGGGUUUUCAUGUUGAGUUUACAUGGUCUGAAGCUUUGAAUUACCUAUCUCAAAGAGAAGAAAAGUUAUCGAGGCAAAUAGAGGAGUGUACUCACCUGAUUGCAUCAAUUAAAGCCCAGAUCAAGCUGGUUUGUGAAGGAAUUCGAGAAUUGCUUGAAAUUCCAGCAGAGCCAUCUAAACAGGAGCGCAUUUUUUGACUUGUUAAAAAAUGAUGCUUAUGUGGCUGUUUUUGAGUUUCUACUUAGAGGUAUAAAAGUAUUUACACCCGCAGUCUGUAAGCGUAAUACUGCGAUGUCUCUUUCUUUCGGUUUUUUUAACAGCCUAUUGUGUUACUUUCACUGUUGGACUCAAUUGGUUUUAGACAUGGUGAUGUUCACCAGAAUCGCAAGAGCUUGUCGGUCCUGGAAAAAGCUUCUUUGUUGGGAGGGGAUAAUUCUUUCUUGUAAAGAUUAAUGAACUUUUUUUGAAUGUCUCACACUGGAAAAAGGUGUUAAGUCACUUUACCACUAAAGGGAGACAACAAAUGAAAUUUGAAGACUACAAUGUUCAAUA